AUGCGCUCCCACCAGUCCGCCACCGCGCUUUUUGCGCUUCUCGCAACCACGGCUUCGGCGCUGUCGCCGGCAAGACUGCACUGCCUUCGGUCAAGAAAUAGUGAACUUUCUCGCCUAGGCACCUGCGGUAUGGCCGGAUCUGUAGCACACUGCUUGGACAUGAUCCCGGAUGACUUUACGCAAGCCGACCUCGAGGCAUGCUGGGUUCAUGCUGGCUGUGACCACGCCGAAGCGGUGGUCGAGGCUCAGUGGGCCCUGGACAAGUGCGAUGAAUAUGGAAACUUGGCUGCCGAGCUUCGCCUCCGCCACGUUCCAAUUGUGGCACGCGCAACCACGGACACAACUGAUACUGCGACUGCUGCUACCACGGCUGCUGCAACCGCGACCGGAACCGCUGCCACGGCCACUGGCACUGGCUCCUCCAGCACCAAGGUCUGCUCUACCACGACAACUGUGUCGACGACAGCAUGCCCCAGUUACACUACAGGCUCAAAAUCUGGCCAAGCCAUGAAGAGCGGCUGUUUCCCCACAAUGGCAUCGUACGCGACGUGUGCUGCAGGCAUGCUUUGCAGUAAUGACACUUGCAUAGUGAAGCAGAACUCACUCACUGGUGGCGGUAUUGCGGUUGCCCUAUUCUUCGCCGUCUCCAUUACGGGCGCGAUUGGUAUUAUUACAUUUCUUUGCUGCCGUGACCGUAAGAACAGGAAGCGUAUCAUGGCCAAGGCCGAGGCCGCUGCCAUCGCCAAGGCUUCAGCCGUGGGCAAGAGGCCUACUGUUGAGGUGCAUCCCACCGAACCCCACGCCAACCAGCCGCUCAUGUCGUCGAAUGGUGGCAACCAGCCAUACGAUGCACACGACCCCUUUGGCGACCACAACCGCAGGUAA